ACUGCGCGAUGGACGGCCUCCUCCUCGAGACCGAGGGCGUCAUCAAGGACAUGGUCGCGUCGGCCAAGCGCCUCGACUGCAUGAUCCAGACGCUGUACAACGCCGAGCAUGCGCUCGAUGACGCUGUCGAUCUGCACCCAAAAGAAGACGUCGUGCUGCCCGCAGUGGCGCCCACAGACGACGCGGCGGCCUUCUUCGAGGCCAUGCACACCGCAUUGCAGCAACACGCCGAGGGCCUGCGCUUCCCGGUCGCGCCACUGCUAGCGCCAUCGGCGACGACCGACGCCGUCAGCGACAAGGUCGUGUACCGUAUGAACGAUACGCCACUGCCCAAGACGUCGACGGCGCUCUUCCUCGAGAAGGCCACAGCACUGCUCCACGCCGUCGACUGCACGCUGUCGCCAUCGAUGGUCGCAACCUAUGUCGCGCGUCUCGUCGCACUGGGCCACGACCUCGAACCGUACUGUACGCUGGGCGGAGCCACAUGCUUUCCAACGUCGCUGCCCGGGGUCGUGUGGAGAACGGGCAUCCUCAUCGCGCGCGUGCGCGCUGAGGUGUCGCUCGCAGAUCAUGUGUGGGGGUUUCGGCUGCAUGUCGGCGUCGAAGGCAUCUUGCGCGCCCGCAUCGGCACCACGCAAGGCCCUGCGAUCCCCGUCUACUUGGAGUGCGACCUCGUCGACCCGCACUAUCUAAAUACUGAGCCGGGCGUGCGCAACCUGUACAUGACGCUACCAUACGUCAAGCCCGCACUGCCAGUCGUGCAAGCAACAGCGACGUCCUCUCUGCGCAGCGUCAUCGCGAGCCAACGCCCGACGCCCGAUAUGGUCAAAGUGACGUGGCAGGCUGACGUGGCAGAUGCAAGCUCCCGCGUGCAGCUUUCGUUUGAUGCGACCCCCUUCCUUCGCGCCCGCAUCGUCGAGUCGGCGUGCAGCCAUGUCCACGCGCUCUUUCGAAGCGACGUGGGCCUUCUCUACUCGAUGGGGAAAGGCGCCGACGGUGCGCUCGGCCAUGGAGCGUUUACUGACCUGCACCACCCCGCGCCGAUCGAGAGCUUUUACGAGCAGCCCGAGGCGAUAGUUCUUAUUGCGCGCAUCGCCGCCGCCAGCGACCCGGCGGCCGCGCACGCAGCCCACUCGUUGGCAGUGACGACGACAGGCGCUGUCUACUCAUGGGGCGUCCCCACAGCCUCCGGGACGCUGAGCAAGCAAGGGCACCGUAGCGACCUUCCGACCCGCGUCGUCUCCCUCGACGGUCCGUGUACGCGAGUGGCGGCCGGUGCUGGCUUUAGCCUGGCGCUGACCGAGACAGGACAUGUGUUUUCGUGGGGCAAAUGGCUCCACGGCCGCCUCGGGCUGGGUCCGACGCCGCCGGCUCUUGGCCGAAAGACGCUUGCAAACAAGCCCAUUCUGCAGCAGUAUCAGCUGUCGCCGGCACGCGUGACCGACUUGGGAGACGUUGUCGUCACCGAGAUUGCGUGCGGCCAAGCGCACGCGAUGGCCAUUGCUAGCAGCGGCCAACUCUACGCGUGGGGUCGAAACUUGCAUGGUCAACUCGGCCUCGGGCACUGCCACGACCAAUGUGUCCCGCAGUCCGUCGCCAUCACGGCCGAAGCGUCGUCCGGCUACUCGGACGCGGUGGCGCUGGGGGUCACGGCCAUCGCGUGCGGCGACAUGCUCUCGAUCGCCGUCGACGGCCACGGCCACGUGUGGACGUGGGGGGCUGGCACAUGCGGCCACCAACUCCCGUCCCUCGUGCGAGAAAACGGUCUGCGGUCGGACCUCGUGGCGUGGCCGUGGUUGUAUCCCCAGCGCAUGCUCCAGCUGCCGCCGACGAUUGUGGACGUGGCGGCCGGCGAUCGUCACUACCACGUGCGCACGCACACGGGCGACGUCUACACGUGGCAGUUUGAGGCGGCGGUCCCGAUGCUCGAGGCCAAGUGGGGCACGAUCGAAGCCAUCGCAGGCGGUGGCAGCGGGUCGGUGCUUGUCUCAGGCCUUUCGUUUCUCGCUCAAGACAUGGCGCGACUCUGGCUGCAGUGCAAGCAUAUGGAUGACUCCGGCGACGUCAUCUUGCUUGUGUCCGGCCGACGCAUCGCCGCCCAUCAGCUCGUGCUUGCGACGCGCUGCGACGUCCUGCGCGCGCGCUUGGUCGACGAACGUCAAGCGCGCGAGGCCACAAACCAUUGCCUGGAGCUCGUCCUCUACGACUUGCGGUACGACGUGUGCCUCGUCGUGCUCGAGUACCUCUACACGGACGCUCUCUUGACGCGUCUGGAUCCCGCGUCGUCCCUUCCGCGGGACUUGCUCGCUGCUGCGAGAAUACUCCACUUGCCGCACCUUGAGAGUCUUUGCCAGCCGUACGUGGUCGAUGUCGCGCCACGUGCCGUUAUCAGCUCGUAUGCGACAGACUUUGUCGGCGCCCUCGGCAGCUUUGUGUGGUCCGACGUCAUCUUGGUCGCUGACGGCGAGCGUAUCUACGCCCACAAGUGCAUCUUGGCGGCUCGAAGCGACUACUUUCGGGGCCUCUUGGCGUCGUCCUUGCGCGACGCAAGCCUCGAUGAGCUGUCGGUGGACGUGCGGUUCGAGACGCUCCGCCGGGUCCUCGACUUUGUCUACUCGGGCGUGUUGCCACCAAGUGCUUCCGAUGCAAUCCUCUUGGACGACCUCAUUGCCGCCGACCGCCUGGGUAUCGCACGGCUCAAAGCGCUGACCGAGGCGCGGCUUGUCGUGACGUUGGCAAACUGCCUUGACGUGCUCGUCACCGCCGACAUGGUGACGGCGCCCGUCCUCCGCGAGGCUGCGGUGAUUUUUGUCUUGGAGAACCUUUGCGUGCUGGCGGGUGCGCCGUCGUUUCUGCAGCUCGUGCAAGAGUACCCGACCUUGAUGCACGAGAUCAUCCACCACCCGUCGCGCACAACCGAGCGCUGGGCGUGGCGGGAGUACGAAGGGCUCGUGACGCGCGAGAGUGCCGAGAAGAGCAGCGAAUGGAAGGACGAUGUCGAUUUUCCGCUGCUACCGCUCGUCUUCUUGGCGGCCGUCGCGCUCGCUUAUGCCUUUGUCGCUGGUGAACUGCCUCGGGCCGAGACCUACAUGCCGCUCUACAACGGCGCGUUGCUGCUUCUCGUCGGCCUUUUUGCCGCCUACAAACUCCAGACGACUUGAGAUCCUUGUUGCAUCUGUGCACACAACGUCUUUGCUACUAGUACAGUAAAUUGUAUUGGUUCCAUUGGUGUAAGA